CUACCGUGUCUUUCAAAGAGGAAGAAACCUGUGAGUUCCUUGAGCCUCAGGUUCCAGGGAUUUGUCCCUCCAACACUAGUUUCUAUGGAAACCAGAAACUAAAGGCACCUGCCAAGUCCACAAUCAGCCUCCUGGGGGGAUGGACUCAGGUGGAGGUGUGAUGGAUUGCCCAGUGAUUCACCAGAAGCUGGGACAGGACACGUGGCUGUCCCUGACAAAUGAACACCAGAUAAACAAGAGCGUGAACAAAAGCAUCCGCAUCCUUGUCACGAUGGCCACAUCUCCAGGAAGCAAAACCAACAAGAAGAUAGUGUCUUUUGAUCUCUCGAAAGGGGGCUAUCCAGAUCACCUGGAGGAUGGCUACCACUUUCAAUCAGAAAACCUGAGCCUGAAGGUCCUGGGGAACAGGAGGGAGAGUGAAGGAUGGUACUUUGUGAGCGUGGAGGAGAACGUGUCUGUUCAACAAUUCUGCAUGCAGCUGAAGCUUUACGAGCAGGUCUCCACUCCAGAGAUGAAAGUGCUAAACAAAACCCAGGAGGACGAGAAUGGGACCUGCAGCUUGCUGUUAGCUUGCACGGUGAAGAAAGGGGACCACGUGGCUUACCGCUGGAGCAAUGAGGCAGGCACCCACGUGCUGAGCCCAGCCAACAGCUCCCACCUCCUGCAAGUCACGCUUAGCAACCAGCAUCAAGACAGCAUCUUCAACUGCACAGCAAGCAAUCCUGUCAGCAGUCGCUCUAGGCCCUUCGACCUACAGAAAGAAUGCUGGCAAGAAUCCUCCCCAGAACCGAAUUCAUGGAUACCAUACAUUGUUGUACCAUUAGUGGUCAUUAUAAUCAUCUUCCUGGUUUCCAUAGCAAUGAUAAUGAUGAAAAGACAAGGUAAACCAAAUCACUUCCAGCCACCAGUGGAAGAAAAAAGCCUUACUAUUUAUGCCCAAGUACAGAAAUCAGGGCCUCAAGAGAAGAAACUUCAUGAUGCCCUGGCAGAUCAGGACCCCUGCACGACCAUUUAUGUGGCUGCAACAGAGCCUGCCCCAGAGUCUGUCCAGGAACCAAACCCUACCACAGUUUAUGCCAGUGUGACACUACCAGAGAGCUGACCCAUAGGCCCAGUAAAAGGACUUUUUGAAGGAGAAAAGAAAAAACAAAAUCCACACUGAACUGGGUCCCAGGUCCCAAGUUCUCUGUGACAGAAACUGCACAUCUGUACCCUUCUCCAAUCACUGCCCUGGUGAUGGAUCUGUACAGGCUUGCCUGUGAAGUAGAUAAGGAAGGGAGGCUUCCUGGGCAUGUAGCCUGCUCUGCGGCUGGCACAGACACGAAGCAGAGAUCCCUCGAUACAGCAUUCCAUCUUUGCUGUAGCAGAUAAUGCGAGUUUAGGAAUCUCACUCUUUGCUGGGCUGGAUAACAGAACCCAGAAACAACAACAACAGCAACAACAGCAACAACAGCAACAACAACAACAACAACAACAACAACCACCCAAGACUUAGGCUGAGCACAAGGUACAAAGCCAUUUUGGCUCUCUGUACUUUAGUCUGGAAGCUGAUACCGAUCACCUCAAGACCAAGGGCUCUGUGCCUCAGUUUCUCUCUUACAUAAAGCAUAAAGAAUGAAGUCUUUGUUGUCGGAGAUCAUUCUAUAAAAGAACGGAGAUUUUAUUUGCAAAACUCAAGCUAGCAAUUCAAUAGACUUGAAGAUGAUUUUGGAGCUUCUUAAUCUUCAAACAACAGAAUGGAACCCAUCUAAGAUUCUUCAGUGCACAGGUCUCAGCAAGCAUUCUGUUUAAGUCAGAGCAACAAUGUUUGGUAAUGCUGUUGUAAAGUUGCCUGGGAUACUCAGAGGAACUUGUCCCAGGGAGGUGUUUUUCACUUCUUCAAAGGACUUUUCAAUUUAAGUUCUUUGUUUACUCCCUUGAGCAAAACUCUGGAUCCUCAAGAUCCCCUCUCCAUUGGUUCUGAGGCCAUUUUAUAACCUACGCCUCCUGUGGAACUGCAUGUCUACCAUCCACUUCCUAUCUCACUGCAUACCUCUGUGUAGUAGUAAAUUUAACUUCAAGUAGAAAAUUAAAUUAUUUUGGUGGAACAGUUCCAAAUGACUAGAUGUUCAGUCUCUUGGCUAACAGGACGUAGGUAGAGUCUAUGUAAAGACCUAUUUUCUGCAUGUUGUCUGCCCUCAGAGAGGCCAUCUUUCAACUUGUUGUCAUUCUUAUACAUCUUUGGCAAAUAUUUUUAAAAAAUAACCAUUGUGGAGAUGGGGAGAGAUCUAAAUGGAUAAUAGUACUUGCUUUGCAAACAUGAAGAUCCGGGUUCAAACUCCUAGUGUCCAUGUAAAAAGAUGGGUGUGGCUGAGUGUGCCUGUAAAAAAACAGACAGGUCUAUCCAGCCUGGCAUUAAUGUCAAGUCCCCUGAGAGUGACAGAGGAAGACACUCCCUCCACACAUACAUUACAAAUAAAACCCCUAAAAUAUCAAUGCAUAACAAAGAACACCAACUGCCCAGCUCAAAACUCUUAUGCCCCAUUACCCUGUACCUUUCUGUAUUUAGAUAAUUUACAGUGUAAGUCCUGUUGCUCCAUGUAUCCUCUUUUGUGUUACUAACUUAUGUCAAAGCAUUUCCAAUUAUAAUCAACAAAAGCUAA